AUGUCGUAUCGUCGUGCAGGUUCAACUAUUAGGUUGUCGAAAAUAAUUGAAAUUUUCCAGCCCCCGAGAACGAUUCCGAUGAAGAAAGGCCUGAACAAGCUCAAGACGACGAGGUUCCCUUAUAUUCUCAUUUUUCGGGUGGUUCCAAACGAAAGAAACAAAAAAAAACUUGUUUCAAAAUUAUUAUCUUUUCGAAGUGAUCUUUACUACUAUAUUUACCCAAUUAAAGUCAUUAAAAAAAUCACCAUUUUUUUGUAUUUUUCUUGAACAUCGUCCACUUCAAAAAUUCUGAGAACAAUAUCAAAGAACUUUCAAAAAGAGAGAGUCCGAACUUUUUAUGAUUAUAUUUUUUUAUCUUCUAAGAAGUCGCAGUUUUUGCAGGAUUGCGGCCCAUCACAGCCUAAAAAGAACCGGAACUUGUGGUCGGACAUGUUGUUAGACGAAAAACUCCAAGAUGCAAGUGCUCGUGUUCAAAUUGCUCAAAAGAACAAUUCAACUGUUAGUUUGUAUAUAGAUAUUUUUUUCUAAACUUAUACAUGUUGCGUUUGCAGAAAGUGAGAAGAGGGCCAGAAACCUACGAAAUGCCGCCGGAAGUCGCUGCAAAGUUCAACAAAAACAAUCAGGGCGAAGCGAAAAAAGAAGAGACUUCAGACAGUGAAGUGCUUGAGCCAAAAGGAAACGUUUCCAUAUCGAGAGUUUAGAAACCCUUGGUCAUGAUCACGCCGGCGUGUGAUAACCCUUUUGGAGACGUCACUGACGCCGCCCCCCAGGAGAAUUUCGGAGUAAUAAGUUUUAUUUCGGCGAAUAUCUGGUUAAAGGAUGAUUUUGUUUUCAAAUCUCACUUUUUAGGUGAAGUCUAGCAGUAAAAAGGAAGUGAAAGCAGCAGGUGGGUUUCAAUUUCAUGAAAAAGUCAGUUUCCGUUUUUCAGAUGGUUGGUGGUGCAAAAGAGGUCACGCUCGCAAAUACGGCGCUAAACACGAAAGUGCGAAUAAUCAACGGUUUGGUGGCAAGAGAGAUUGGCAAGGAAAGGUUUGAAAUCGCUUCUUCUCAACUUUUAAAUCUAUCUCCCUGAUGUUUUUUGACCUUUUCAAAUCGGAAUCCAUGUUCUUCCCAUUUUUCGUGGUUAAAUUUAUUUUAUAGUCAAUCCAUCCCGACUUGAAAGGCGGGGAAGGGGCGGUACGCGUAGUGUGUGCAUACGCGGUUCUUGGCCAGAAUUCUAUCCUAGCGUCAUCGACUAUUUGGAGAGCUCAUUCACCGCUUAUUUUGUAUAUAUUUCCCUAUUUUAAAAUUCCCAAAUGAAAGAAAAAAUCAAAAAUCAACAAAUAAUUGAGGAAUAAAUGAAAAGAGCGAUGAACGAGCUUUCCAAAUAGUCGGUGGCGGUUGAAUUGAAUUCGUGCCAAAAAAAAAACCCCGAACGCACACGCUACGCGUCCCGUCCCCUUCACCGCCUCCUUCACCUUUUAAGUCGUAAAAAAUAGACUAUAAAAUAAGUUAAAGAAGACUUAUAACUGAUUAACGACCAGCUUGGGAUGCUAAGGGAGCGUGUCCUGUCUGCGCUCUCCACGAGCCAGGCGCUAUCUUGUGCAUUAUCGUGCCAGGACCAUUUUUUCGAUGGCUCAAGCCAGCCGUGAAUCAGCUAUACCAUCAAUUUUAUUAUUGUUAUACUUUAAGCUUUUCUCCCCAACAAUUCUUGAUACGGAAGUUCUAUGGGGCUUCCGCCAUACCAAACCUCUGUUAAUCAGGUUAACCAGAGGGCUUCUAUUAACUAGGGAACAUAUCUAAGUAGAAGAAAACCUACUUGUUGGAACCAUAUCAGUCAAGUCUACUAAUCUUAUUCCUUGGCAAUUUCGGUUUUGUUCUUCGUCAAAAAAGACCGUUCUCAGACUAACAACCCGAAGUCGUUACUCACCAACAGCUACAGCUUAGAGGCACUUUUGGCUGUUGAUUUCCUGGAAGGAACUCCUCUGGAAGAAGUUUGACUAUGAAGCUUUAAUUAAAAGGAAGAAAUCCUUUCAGUUGGGACAAGAAAUGGCCCGUGCAUUCGGCGAACGAGACCCUGAAACAGUAACAAAAAUUGUAAAAAUUAUCGGCGAAGAAAAGGUUUUUGAGGGUCUCAAAAAAAUAUUUAUAUAUAUCCUACUUCAGGCGAUAGCGCUUUUCAACAUGACCAGAGACUGUGAAAAAGCAGGAGGAAUGAUGGUUUUUUUGGUUUUUUUUUUCUCUCUUUAAUUUGUGUUUCAGACGGCAGACAAAAGCCGUCGAAGAACUCCGGGCGGCGUUUUCAUCACUCUCUUCAAAACGGAUUCUGAUGUUUCUCCUCAGACUAAGGCAAGUUGUCAACUUUUCAAAAUUCGAGCUGGAGGAAAGCGGCAGGUUUUUUUUUUCCUUUUGUUCGGCUCUCAAAAAGAGGCUCUCAGAAAGUUAUGCCGUGUUCAAAGUGAGUCCCGUGAAAUUAAAACCAUCUCUGACUUUCCAAUUCUUAUUAACGGUAAGAUCUGUUUUCAAAGUUAAAACUCUCUGAUGUUUCUUUUGUAUUUUGCAAAAUUACUUAUAUUAUGGAAAACAGUUUUUUACUUCAUGAAAAGUUCGAUCAUGAAGAGUUCUCACCAAAAAUUUCAAGAUCUCAAGAGCGGAUAGUUUUUUCGGCUUUUAAACAAAAACAAAAUAUUUUCCCCAAUGAAAGUCUGUGGAACGAUGUGAAGAUUCAUAUUUCUAUAGAAUAUUACUUCCAAACAUUCGAUGACCAUGGCUUAGAUGUCUAUGAUCGCACGGUGAAUGGCUCAAAGGGUGAAGACUGCGCAGAGGUUGCUUUGAGGCGAUCCGGACCCCGUUGUCGGCAUCAAAUUCUUACAGCUGCUAAGUUUAGAUCCGUUAGGGAACGAAACUCAGACCGCGUUGAGCCAUUUAACAUACGACUAUGGCAUUUCGAAGUCGGACUUGGAAAACAGAAAAGUCAAAAAGUCAUUCUGCAUUUACAGGAUUCUAUUUUCGGCGAGUUCAAGAGCAAUGAGAAGUGCAAGAAAAGCAACAAACAAAAAAGCGACUUCGACAAACGACUUUCGGAUGUCAGUUUUUUUUCUUCUCAUCUAUGGCGCUUGUGUACUUGGCCGAUCGUGGAACGCGCGACGGAAGAUUUCUCAGGUUGAUGCAAAGGUCACGCCGCAAAUCGGCACAGUGCAACAGGCACGAGACAACUUUCGCUUUGAAAUCCAUGACGCUAGUCUGAAUUAACUCAUGAGAAUCGCACUUUGUGGAAAAAUCCUCACAUGGAAAAUAAGAAGUUCGAGUUGGAAUACUUAUUGCGAAAUCAUGCCGCUCCUCUCGCAAUGGAGACAAAUUUUUGUCUUGCAAUUUUAGGCUAUAAAAAUUUUUUUCAAGUUUCAUUUCUAAUGAUCGCUUUGAAAAGUAGUAGAUGUUUUUUUUUCUUUUUCUUCUUUCUUAACAAAUGUUUCUUGAAGAGAUGGAAAACUUCAUAAUGACCUUUUGAAAGGUCUUUUCUAGAAAGAUAUAUGGCUUACUACAGAAAACAGAUCAAAACAUGGUUUAAGAAGGAACAAGAACGGCUGAAAACAGUUCAAGAGACACCUUACCGUCGUGUUAAUUUUGGGUUUUUCUAGCUGGUUAUGGCGUGGUUUUUUAGCUUGAAGAAACCUAUUUUGAGCAACUUGAUAGUCUGUCUUAAUUCAUUGAUUUUAGUUUAGAAAACAAUUUUAAGUUGGCUCAUUUGUUUACGAAGUAUGAAAAGGAAAUUUUUAAAGAUGAAGAAGACUUUGGACAAGGCCAAGGACGCCGAGAAAGAGGAGCCGACAGUGGCCAAUGUACUGCUCGGCGACUUAGCCGAAGAUUCUUCGAAGGAGGAAAUGAAUUCGCAAGAUGUUCCGAUGGAGAAUUGA